AUUUCUUUGAAUUUUACCAAGAUAUAUCCCAGCUGGUUUUCAACUCAUUUUUUUUCGUCGAUAUAUAAAAUAUAUAUCCCCUUGUUUCACAACCUUUCUUUCCUUUAUAUGUAAGUUUUCUUUUCCUCUCUUUUAUAAAGAAUUUCAAUCAACAACAAACAAUACCACUCUUUACUGUUUUCUAUUAUAUCUAUAUUAGUCUGUUUUUUUUAGUCACUCAUUUUCACUACUUCAAAAAAGACAAAUUAUUACUAGUUAGAAAACCAUACUUUCCUUUAACUAAACUUUUCAUUAGUCAAAUACGCUACUCAGGCCUAAUUAGUUCACUUUUGUUCUUUAUUCGAUCAAUUUUAGUUUCUCGUUGAAUUAAACCCACUGAAAAUAGUCACAAUCAGAUAAUCACGCAAAAUGCAAAUUUCCAAAUUAGCUGUCUUAUCUGCUCUUGUUUCCUCUAUUGCAGCCUCUCCUAUUGCAAUUCAUGAGCAUCACGUCCACAGAAGAAACGCCCAACCUGUACCAAGCUCUGCUUCCUUUUCUGAUCUUUCUGCAGCUGCUGCCGGUGCCAAGGGUAUCACCUACUCUCCUUAUGCUAACGACGGUAACUGUAAAUCGGCCGAAACUAUUCAAUCCGAUGUCAGCAAAUUAUCCAGUUUUGAAUUGAUCAGAUUAUACGCUACUGACUGUUCAGGUGUUGAAAAUGUGUUAGCUGCUUUAGGUUCCAAUCAAAAGAUCUUGGCUGGUUUAUAUGAUUACAACAACUUAGACAGUGCUGUUAGUACUUUAGCCAGUGCUGUCAAAGCUACCUCAAGAGGUUGGGAUAGCAUCUAUGCUGUAUCUGUUGGUAACGAAUGGGUUAACUCGGGUUCUUACUCAACUAGUCAAGUUAAAAGUGCUGUUGAAUCUGGUAGAUCAUUAUUAAGCGCUGCUGGUUUUACUGGCCCUGUUGUCUCUGUUGACACUUAUGUUGCUUUUCAAAAUAAUCCAGUAUUGUGUGAAUACAGUGAUAUUAUUGCUGUCAACUCUCAUCCAUUUUUUGAUGGUAACACCGAACCUUCUGAAUGUGGUUCGUGGUUACUUAAAAACAUCCAAACUAUUUGGGAAACUUGUGGUGGUCAAAAGAGUGUUCUCAUCACUGAAGCAGGAUGGCCUCAUUCUGGUUCUUCCUUAGGUGUUGCUGUUCCUUCUUACGAAAACCAAUUGACCUGUAUCAAAUCUAUUCAAGAAUCUUGCGGUUCCUCUGUCUUUAUGUUUACCAUGUACGAUGACCUCUGGAAAGAUCCAGGUAGUUAUGGUGUUGAACAAUCCUGGGGUGUUUUCAGUGACAGUUAAACCAAUUUAAUUUAGUUUAUUUCAAUCUUCAUUUUGAUUUAAUUCAGUAUCUACAAACUAUUAUAUAUCCUCUUUUUAGCGCCUAAAUGAAAUUCCCUCUCUCUUUUUUAAUAUAAAUAAAAGAACUUUUAACAUAACUCCAAUUGCAAUUUUUAGUCUACAAUUCAUAUUCGCAAAUCGUUUUUCACCUUUCU